AUGUCAAUGUCAAUUGAACAGCUGAUUUUGUGGAGGAGGAGGAGCGAGGCAUCAGUGGCUCAUCUUCAAGGUCUUCUGACAGUUCGUGCUGUCUUGUUUUCUUUCGGGGUGGUUCUUCUGGUGUUUGCGGAUCAUUAUGAACAUGAUUAUCAAGAAAGAACGCUGGCCCGUGUGCCGUUUUAUGGCUAUCAUUUUCAUCAGCCGCAGAGGAGUGUGCCAACUGUCAGGCUCCCCUGGCCUAUCAGCCGACCAGAGCAACCAGUCAUUUUGCACCGCACCAACAGCAGCAACGACACAGACACAGGGAGAACAUGUAAAAGUCGUCCUUUGGAUUUGGUGUUUGUAAUUGACAGCUCCAGAAGUGUGCGCCCAUCAGAAUUUGAACUAGUAAAGACUUUUAUUUCUGAUAUGAUUGACACGUUGGAAAUUAGUGAAGUCACAACAAGAGUGGCAGUUGUCAACUAUGCCAGCACUGUCAGAAUUGAGUUCCAUCUCAAGACACACUUCAACAAAGUGAACAUGAAGAAGGCAGUGUCACAAAUACAGCCUCUAGCAGCUGGUACAAUGACUGGUCUUGCCAUCAAGGAACUGAUGGACAGUGCCUAUAAAGAGGAGUCAGGUGCACGACCACGAUCCCUAAAUAUCCCAAAGGUGGCCAUUAUUGUUACAGAUGGACGGCCUCAAGACAAGGUUGAUGAGGUAUCUGCUCAAGCCAGAGCAACUGGGAUUGAGAUCUAUGCAAUUGGAGUGGGCAGAGCUGACAUGGAGUCCUUAAGACAGAUGGCUAGCACACCACUGGAUGAUCAUGUCUUUUAUGUGGAAACAUAUGGUGUAAUUGAGAAACUCACCUCCAAAUUUAGGGAGACCUUUUGUUUUCCAGGUGUAACUCCAGUUACAAGCUUUGACCCGUGUGCAGCUGGAAAUCAUGACUGUGAGCAAAUUUGUGUCAGCACUGCUUCAUCUUAUUACUGCAGAUGUCGGGAUGGAUUCUUCCUUAAUCCAGAUAAGAAAACUUGUUCAAAGGAAGCAAGAGCACUUGCGACAACUGACCCAUGCAAGUGUGAAUCCUUGAAAGCAUUUCAGAAGACUGUGCAAUCCAGCAUACAGUCCCUUACAAGUCGACAUAUCCUUUUGAAAGUUUAA